AUCCCUCAUACGCAGACUUGGCUCCUUCUAUGAGUAACAAAGAUUUUAUCAAGAGACGUAUCAAAAGACCAUAGGAAGUUCAUCAACUAACAAAGUGUAGCAUCGUGCUUCUACAAGGAUAUUUUCUUAAACUAACGACCUUUAGGCUCUAAAAAUUCGACAUGAAGGCAAUCAACAACGUUUGCUGUAUUUUCAUAUUCGUAUGCUUAAUGAACGUGGCACAUUCUGAGGGAUCACAGGACAAGAUCGAGCAACAGUUCUUAGACACUUUCACAACAGACGAAUUGCAGAAGAUCAAAAGACCUUUUUGCAAUGCAUUCACUGGAUGCGGAAGAAAAAGGAAUUUCCAUGAAAAUCCAGUAGAAUCUCAGGAUAUGGGGGCAAGUGGCAGCAUUCGACUUCCAAUUUUCGUUUACAAGACAUUACUGAGGGCAGCAGCUCAAAAUAUUCGAAACACAAUUCAACGUGAUAUAAAUGAUUAUCAGACAGGAAUCCCACAGGUUUAUUUAUCUGGCAAAAUACCUCUUCAUAAGAGAUUCGACAUGCCGUCAACAUCCUUAAAUUAACUCGAUUGUUCGAAUCUAUGGAUGAUACGAAUUAUUUGCGAAAA